CUCGACCAUCCUUGCCAGCAAAAUGGCUGCUCCCCAAAAGCUGAACAAGGUCAAUAUCGCCUUUGAGCUAUACAUGAACCUCAAGCCCGUCGAAGAACACAAAUCAUUCGAUGAAUUUGCCAUGUGUCUCACCUCCAAGGAUGGCUAUAGGUUCGUUAGCCAUACCAAAAAUCAAGGACUUGCAGCCUGUGUAUCUGAUUCCGAAGAAAGCGAGGCAAACAAAGCCGACAAGGCCAAUGACCCAUAUGCCAAGGCCUGGAUAAUGACUCAGCGAGCCGAAACCAUGACCCACGGCCGAUGGCCGGUUCAGUUUGAAAGUCCUUUAUUGGAAUACAACCUGGACGGGAAGUCUGGGGGUGACGACUGGAGAAAGGUGGUUACAUCUUACUUCAGCCAAAUCAUGAACUCUAAAUCCUUCCACGCCGAAUUCGAGGCUUGGCUUGUUCCUGUGUCACCCUUGGAAGGAUGGAACUGCGAGUCCUUCAAGGCAUUUUGUCUCACGCUUGUCCAUUUCGAUGAGCAGCUUUUGUACCUGAAGCACACCGUGGGCCUGGAAGAAAGUGACCGGAUGAAGCUGUUCGAAGACAUUCGAAAAGCCACCAUCAUGUCGGAUAUUGGUGACAUGAUGAACAAACGCACAUCGGGUAGCUGGAUGUAUACUGGAGUCAACCGUCACGCGAGAAAUUCUCUCGGUGUUUUGCAACUGACAAAAUAUGAUACUUCAACUGGGGAACUGGUCGACUGGACCGAGUUGCUCUCCCGGCUUGUGGAGGCAUCGGCUGGGGUUACUGCCGAGGAGUUGGUGCGGAAGUAUCCGCGAAAUGGUACUGGGCUGUUGCGGUUUAUCCAGGAAAACACCAAGGGGGUUGAUCCCGAGUGGUUGAUGACGGUUCCUGUACAGGUCAUCCCGGGAGAAGAGUAG